GUGCAAGUUAUAGCAGGUUUGGUUUGGAAGUACCACAUAAGCUAUCUGAGUUCAACGCAUUUACAAGAUAUAACACAACUUGCUGUUCUAUAGUAAAAGCUUUGGUGUCCAGAAGAAAUUCACUUCUUCAGCUCUAUAUAUACAAUUUUUUACCAUCAUAAAAGACCAAACUCACCAAAGAGAUAAAAUAGAACAUGAAUAGCCAACAAAGCACUCCCUCUUCUACGUUACCAUUAUUAGCCAUUGUGAUCUCAACCUUUCUAUCCCUUAUUCCCAAUACUGUCAAUGCUUCAUGCAGCCAUGAGUUUUCUGAACUUGUCCACCAGAAAAACAUCUCAUAUUGCAAGACACUGCACACUCUAGAUGCUGAGUUUGGCUGGAAAUACCAGAAUUUCACCAACUUCAUCACACUUGAAAUCUUGUUUAGUGCCAAGCUCAACAAACCAGAAGGGUGGAUAGCAUGGGGGGUGAAUCCAGGUAAAAGGGCAGAGAUGACUGGAACCAAAGCUCUCAUAGGCAUCAAACAUCCCGACACGCCGUUGAGAGCAGACACUUACGAUAUCACCAAGGAAAUCGUAACUGGUUGCCAUCUUCUACCAUCAAAAAUUAGUGAAUUGCAAGUGUCCAAUUUGUCGAUGCAAUAUGAAGGGUCCAAUUUAUACACCAUGUAUGCAAGAUUGGUUCUUCCUUCUGAUCUGUAUAACAUCACAAAGCUGCACCAUGUGUGGCAAGUUGGGUAUGCUGUUAAAGGGGACCAACCCCUGUAUCAUCCAACAACUCUUGAUAAUGUGGAUAGCACAGAGACCAUAGACUUGACUUCUAGUGUUGGACACAGCACUGGACAAUACUGGGGUUUCCUUAGAUCGGUACAUGGAGUUCUAAACAUAAUUGGAUGGGGAAUACUGUUACCGAGUGGAAUCAUAAUUGCGAGGUACUUUCGAGUGUUUCCUUUUCAAUGGGAGCCAACGUGGUUUUACAUGCACAUCGCUUGCCAAUUAACUGGUUUUCUGGUCGGUACUGCUGGUUGGAUUAUUGGACUAAGCCUUGGACAUGCUUCAAGAUACUACACAUUCCACACUCAUCGAAUCUUUGGCAUUAUUAUAUUCACGUUUAGCACAAUCCAGAUGUUGGCUUUUCGCUUAAAGCCGAAGAUGACCGAUGAUUAUCGCAAAUAUUGGAAUAUGUAUCACCAUUUUCUUGGGUAUGGGCUAUUGGUCAUCAUAUUUAUAAAUAUAUUCCAAGGAAUUUCCAUUUUGAAAGGAGGAAAACAAUGGAAGUGGGCUUACAUUGGAAUUCUUGCAUUUUUUGGUGCUAUAGUGUUUGGAAUGGAGAUUUUUACUUGGGUUCGUUUCUUCAUACUCAAAGCAAAGAGAAACCGAUCAGACAAAAGUAAAUCGGGUGAAACAACCAAACAGAAGUCAAUUCGCAAAUAGCCAUGUUCCACCUCAUUUAUAUAUGAGCAUUACUCAAAUAUUGCUUGACUAUUUUGUUGUUUUUUUUUACAAUGAUAAUAUGAUUCUUUAAAUAAAAUAAUGGGAAUUUUGAAAACA